AUGACGCCAUCCCUGCCCGAGAAGAUUGAUCGCCAGCCAGCGAGGGAGCGCGUGGAUGCUGCCGGCCCGGCCCCGAGAGCCAUGCGUCUUCGAGAGCGUGAGAGAGCGGAUCCCAGCGCAGGCUCCCUGGGACAUUUCCUCCAGAUGAAAUCACAUCCCCACGGGGAACAGACCCGCAUUGUGAAGCGCAGGGGUAUCCAGAGAAAGGACGCCUUUCAGGCCCUUAAAAAUAGCAGCCCCGAGACCUGCCCCUCUGACACGCGUGUCCGCAGGUUUGUGAUCCUGUCCGUGGUGCUCUUCGGCCUGGUCUACAACCCGCACGAGGCCUGCUCCCUGAACCUGGUGGACCACGGCCGCGGCUACCUGGGCAUCCUGCUGAGCUGCAUGAUCGCCGAGAUGGCCAUCAUCUGGCUGAGCAUGCGCGGGGGCAUCCUCUACACGGAGCCCCGCGAAUCCAUGCAGUACGUGCUCUACGUGCGCCUGGCUAUCCUGGUGAUCGAGUUCAUCUACGCCAUCGUGGGCAUCGUCUGGCUCACUCAGUACUACACCUCCUGCAACGACCUCACUGCCAAGAACGGUGAAUUCAGCUUCCGGGAGUCAGGAAGCUGUGGGAGCCCCUGGCCUUUCUCCUUCCAGUGCCGUCGUGAGGGCCGGGAGGCGGGUGACUCCCAGAGUCUGGACCUCUGGUCUUCGCUGAAGGAGUACGGGGCCUCCCUUCACUUUAGUCUGGGCCCCGGGUCCGCCGGGCCAGCCCCGUGGCCUCACACACACUCUCCGCCUUGCAGGCACCGGUUAGAGGAGGGUCAGGCCACGAGCUGGUCGCGGCGGCUCAAAGUGUUCCUCUGCUGCACCCGGACGAAGGACUCGGCCGCUCGCUGGCGUCGAGUCGUAGCUGGAGCCCCGUUCGGCCCGUUCAGCGCGGCGUGCAGAGCGGGGUGCCGGGCCCCCUUUCUCAGAGCGGGGCCCCGCAGCCGCCUUCACACGCCCGUCUUUCAGGCCAACAAUGACAUCUUGGCCUUCCUGUCGGGGAUGCCAGUGACCAGAAACACCAAGUACCUCGACCUCAAGAACUCGGUGAGUCAGAGCCUCCCCACCCAACGCUUACUGCCCCUGGCACUCCCUCCCAGGUGCUUUCUGUGCCCCUCUCGGCCCCGGUUCGCGCCUGGCGUCACCAUCGAGGAAGACAACUGCUGCGGCUGCAACGCCAUCGCCAUCCGGCGCCACUUCCUGGACGAGAACCUGACGGCGGUGGACAUCGCUCACGAGCCGCCCUCUUACCAGGUGUACGAAACCCCCUUCUACGUGGCGGUGGACCACGACAAGAAGAAGGUGGUGAUCAGUAUUCGGGGAACCCUAUCCCCCAAGGACGCCCUGACGGACCUGACGGGUGACGCCGAGCGCCUGCCCGUGGAGGGGCACCACGGCACCUGGCUGGGACACAAGGGCAUGGUCCUCUCGGCCGAGUACAUCAAGAAGAAGCUGGAGCAGGAGAUGGUCCUGUCCCAGGCCUUCGGGAGAGACCUGGGCCGCGGAACCAAGCACUACGGCCUGAUCGUGGUGGGCCACUCCCUGGGCGCGGGCACCGCCGCCAUCCUCUCCUUCCUCCUGCGCCCCCAGUACCCGACCCUCAAGUGCUUCGCCUACUCCCCGCCCGGGGGCCUGCUGAGUGAGGACGCCAUGGAGUACUCCAAGGAGUUUGUGACAGCCGUGGUUCUGGGCAAAGACCUUGUUCCCAGGAUCGGCCUGUCGCAGCUGGAGGGGUUCCGCAGGCAGCUCCUGGACGUCCUGCAGCGGAGCACCAAGCCCAAAUGGCGAAUCAUCGUGGGAGCCACUAAGUGCAUCCCCAAGUCGGAGCUGCCCGAGGAGGCGGAGGUGACCGCCAUGGCCAACACGCGGCUCUGGACCCACCCCAGCGACCUGACCAUCGCCCUGUCGGCCAGCACCCCCCUCUACCCGCCCGGCCGUAUCAUCCACGUGGUGCACAACCACCCCGCAGAGCAGUGCUGCUGCUGCGAGCAGGAGGAGCCCACGUACUUCGCCAUCUGGGGCGACAACAAGGCCUUCAACGAGGUGAUCAUCUCCCCGGCCAUGCUGCACGAGCACCUCCCCUACGUGGUCAUGGAGGGGCUCAACAAGGUGAGGCUGGGCACGGGCGGGCCCUCAGCCGCAGCGCCGCCAGCUGGGUCUGCGGCCCCCGACUGCAGGCGAGGGUGCGGGUGCUCAGAGGGGUUAGCUGCACCCCCGGGAGGGCUGGGGGGCGCCGAGAGCCGGCUCGUGUCCUGGUCUCUGCACCCUGCUCUGUCGCGUGGCCGUGUCGCCCGUGACCACCGCAACAGCUGCGCCAGAAGCAAGUCCCAGUCGGAGAUGAGCCUGGAGGGCUUCUCCGAGGGGCGGCUGCUGUCCCCCGUGGCUGCGUUUCCCAAGAAGGGCAGGAUUGGGAAGGUUGGCAUCACAAAGCGUGGCCUUCUCCUGAAAAUCUCCAAGCCCACAAUGAGCGCUGGAGAUGCGACUCAUGGGGAAACCAAGCAGGAGGAGCAGCGUGGGAACCAGACAGCCUUCGCCAGUGGGUCCUGA